AUGCCGUAUUCUUCUGUUUAUCCGCCAGUCACAUCCUCAUCAAGCUCGCCUCGCCGCAGAAGACGUCCGCUGGACUAUCGAGGCCCGCGGCUCGCCACACUGUUGGCGUACUCGGUCGAGCAGCGGGGGCUGGGCAUAGCAGAUGAUGAGACAGAGAACAGGACGAGCGAAGACCAAGACAGAAAAAGGCCCGGAAAAAACGGAGUCAAGGACGAAGAUGGCUUUACUGCGGCGACAGAGCAGGAGCAUGAUUCGGCUUCUUUCACCAUAUCGGACCCAAACAAGUUCAUGACGAAAAAUCUCCUUUUGGGCUCUGCGUCCAAACCGUCGCUGCGUGCAAAAAUUGG